AAAAGAAGCGCCCAGCGCGCCGUUUUUUGGCUUGUCAACCGAAACCACGCAACAAUUUCUCUGUAUCUUGAUAAAUGUUACUAUUUUUCUCCAGUUUUACAUUGAAGAUUACGUUUAUCAAUGUGCCGCACAACUCGUAAUGUAAAACGGCCAAAGUGUUUUUCGUGAAACAUAUUGCAAAUUAGUUUUCCCACCGUAGUGACCCGCGAACUCUUAACAUGCCUCUAUUGAAAAGAAAAGCAUUUGAGAAAUCGACGGUGUCUGAAUACCUUCGCGACGACGACGAGGUCUUCCACUGUGAGAUCACCGACGAGAUAUUUAAAGAUUAUGAGGAGUACUGCGAGCGCAUUAUCCUGGUUAACUCCAUGGUGUGGACAUGUGAGAUGACGGGGAAGAACAACUUGACAUACGCCGAGGCUAUGGAAAGUGAGAAAGCUGCAAGAAAGUCUCUAAAAGAUUUUCCUAUGGAGCUGCGAAUACCAAUAUUGUACUUGGCAGCAAAGACCAAGCGAUGUUCAUUUGCUGAGAUGUCAGAGGAUGUAUUUAACUUUGUGAGAGAGAGAUACUUUGUUGGAGAGUCAGUUGAAGCAUGCCUGGAAGGUGAUCAGUGGCGGGAAGCCCAUAUACUGUCAGUCACAGUCCAGAAGCAACAUCCAAAUAGCACAUUAACACCUCCAGCAUCUUCAUAUUGUUACGAAGUAGAACAGUUUCAAGAGUCGGAACAGACCUCUGCUGGCCAGAUGGGUACCGCUCCAUAUGACCGCGUGAGGCGACGUAAAGGCGUCUACUCACGUGACAAAAAUAGACUUUUCCUUAAACAAUUUGUCGAACAAGGAAUUGGAGGAAUCAUAACUAUAAAGCAAUCAGCAAUGGAUAAAUAUAACAUAAACAAAGUAAAUUUCAAUCAAAUAUUUACUGGAAGCCCACCAGAAUUUGCAUCGUCAAAGAAACUUCUAAAGACAAGUAUGUCACCACCGAAAGCAAAGCUGGGGUCGGCAACUAAACUCAACAAAUCAUUGAAAAAAGUUAGUCCUGACAAGAAAGGUAGACAGGAAUCAAUGGAUAAGUUUGUUAAGAAGACUGAUAAAUCUGAAGCAUCACCAAAACCAAAACAACCAAUGGAUCCUGAGGCCAGAAAGAAUGCUCAAGAAUUAGCAGAGAAAAUGCGGAGAGCGGAAGAUCAGUUAAGACAGCGCAAGGAAGAGGAGAAAGCAAAAAAGAUAGCACAUCUCAAAGAAUGGAAGAGAAUCAAAGAUGACCAAGAGUUGGAGGAUCAUAAGGUUAUACCACAAGCUACACCCGUAGAAGUUGAAGGCAUACCGCACAAACAUUUCGGAGACUUCUUAUCUAUUCUAGAAUUUGUUCAUAUGUACAGUGACAUUCUUAAAGUGAAAGAUGUAUUUCAUCAAGACUUUGAUUUGGAGUUGUUCAGGAAAUCUUUGACAAUGAAAGAGCAUGCAGGAGCGUUCAGUGAUCUCGUGCAAAUGUUUCUGACUACAAUAUUCACCUUGCAAGAAGAUGAAGCGGAAGAAUACAAUGAGAACGGAAGCAUGCAAGAGUCUACAGGUGAUUCGGAAUUAGAAACAGAUAUAGGAGUAUCGAAGGCGAUAGAGUUGGCUACAAAGGCCAGCAAAUGGUCUCAGACGUACCUCGGCACGCCACUCAGCAAACUACCCCUAGACCCUACCACCGUCACUGAAGUACUCAGAUUGUACAUGCUUGCAUCUGGUGGGCUGAGUGGUGGACGUAAUGCGGCACUCAGGUCGGUACAGCGCGGCGGAUACACUGGUGCUGAUGACGCGGCGCUGCGCCUGCGCAUCACAAAGCCGGCGGUGGUGCGCCGAUUGGCCUCUGUACACGUUGCUGACUUGCCACUAGAGGACAAGUUCCUGAUCCUGCAGUGUCUGAUGAACCAAGUGCUGAGUUAUGCGACCGUGCGUGACGUCACUGAAGAGCGCCUCGAGGAGUACAAGACGAUUAAACAAUCCCUAAGGAUGCUGCAGAUCAAUGAACGUAAACGCGAAGUACAAUUGGUAGCAACACGUCAGGAAUUGAAGAAGGAAGCUCAAGCUACAAAAACGGAACAGAAGUUAUCAGGUGAUCAGGCCAAAGAGAUAGACGAACAACUCAAGAUAUCUAUAGACAAGUUAAAUAAAAAGAGUGACGUUAAAAAACACGAAUACGAGAAAAAACUCAAAGAGUUACAGUUGUCUCUUUUCAAGUAUACUUCGUACGUUGGUAUGGACCGUGCGUAUCGCCGCUACUGGGUGAUGAGGCGUGUGGGCGGACUGUUCGUGGAGGCGGGUGAUGAGGAGCGAGGUCUUUGCAGACACAAGCUGACCAGUCCACAUCUCAUGAGGGAGGAACGAGCUGGUAGUGAUAAAGAGAACGAAUCAGCGGCGAAUCUUCGCGGAUCACCAAAGAAGCCGUACGUGAACGGUGUGGGCGUGAAAGUGGUCGGGGCGGAGGGCGGGGCUCCGACCAGCGCACACGCACUGCAACGCGCCAGAGAACUGAUGCUGUGCACAGCUGAUGUCAACACAUGCUUUGUACAUGGAAAGGUGGAUCGGCCGCAUUGGUCUGUGUACCAUACGGAGGAGCAAAUUGUUGCACUAUUGGCUUCGCUCAACAGGCGCGGUCUGCGCGAGAACGAGCUCCGCCACAGUCUUGAGCAGGAUGGUGCUCAUUUACUUACGCACGUCGCCAGUUGUCCGCUGCAUCUACUCAACCCUACUGUUGCACCUCCUCCUGCGCAGACUUCACAGCACAUGACACGACGGCGCUGGCAGCCAUCGCUGAGUGUACCCGCAGAUACGUCACUCAGUGAGGCAUUAGAACUAUCUCUGAGAGACCAUAUACUGGAACUGGAGGAGAAGAUAUUCCAUGGAUGUUUGGGAGCACUUAAAGUUAAGGACCGUGAGGCGUGGCGCGGCACUCUGAUGCUGAAGGGCUACGACAAGCAGGCGGAGUACCUCAGCUGGGGACCUGGACAGAAGUACAGGGAUGACUAUCAUCAGCCUAACGGUGUGCUCAAAUUACCUAACGAUGUAGACAAAGAAGAAUUGGAAGCUAUACCAAUAAAUAAAUACCGUGACCCUGGACAUUAUCUGGAUGCACCAAAGAUGAACGGCAUCAAGAAUGGGUAUGAGGAGACACGGGAGCCAAGCGCUGAGGUGGUGCGGGGUCUGGCCUGUGCACUGCUGCAGGUGUCCCAGGCUAUACACCACAAGUAUCUGAAAAGACCUCUAGGUUUAGACGACAAAGAACGUAAAGACCGUGAAGCAAAGAACAAAUCACUCGACUUAGAAGCGCUGGAAAGAUGGGAGGUGUCACUCAUGGAGUGCAGAAGCUUCGCCCAGGUGGUCCUCCAUCUCCUGACCUUGGAUUCCAGUAUCACCUGGUCCGCCAGCAUACUGAAUGCCAGCUGCAGGAUCUGCCGAAGGAAGACUGACCCUGAUAAUAUGCUGCUCUGUGACGGAUGCAAUAAGGGACACCAUUUAUACUGUCUCAAGCCUAAACUAUCGAAAGUACCAGACGGUGACUGGUUCUGUGACCAGUGCCGACCUAGAGAGAAGACGCCGAGGAGAAAGAGGAAGCUGUUCAGUGAUGAUGACCUUGAAGAUGACCUUGACAACAGUGUGGGCGUGGCUGAAGGCGACGUGGGCGUGGCUGACGGUGAUGUGGGCGGGGCUAGUCUGGAGUGGGGGUCUGUGUGUGGCGCAUGCGGCAGUGGUGGCCGUCUGGCUGCAUCAUGCCGAGCUUGCGGAGCACGAUGCCAUGCAGAGUGCGUCUCACAGAGACGAGCACUAUGCAAUACAUGCACCAGUAAUGGAUCACGCAGAGAGCACACUGUCCGUCGGUGCGCGGCGACAGCCAUCAACAACAUCCAUGAAUACGCGCGGGUGCUCGACGCGCCGUUGGAUACAUCGGAUUCUGAAGAUAGUGAAUAUAACACAGCGUUGGUCAAAUUGAAAAAACGUAAGUCCCGGAGCAGUAAAGAUGAAUCACCAGUACCAAAUGGUGCUAAGAGAGGGCGCAAGCCUAAAAAUAUGAUGAAUGGUACACCGGGCAGGAAACCUAAAUCUCUUACAAAUGGUCAUCAUGAUGAGACAGUUGUGAGGAAGCGGUCCAGCCGCCGGGAGCCCUCAGUCAGCUUGCACACGGACAAGCUGGAGAUGUUACUACAAGAUGCCAUCAAACACAAGGACGCAUGGCCCUUCAUAGAACCUGUUUCUACUGAUGAUGUGCCAGAUUAUCUGGAUGUAAUCAGUGAGCCGAUGGACUUAACCUUAGUGCGAGAGAAGCUGUGCGAUGGACAGUACUCAGCAGACGCUGACCUGCUGGCAGACGUCGCCCUCGUCUUCCACAACUGCUUCACCUAUAAUAAGGAUACGCAUCCUGUCGCCAAAGCUGGCUACCGAUUAGAGAAGUAUAUAAUAAAGCGUUGCAUAGAACUGGACCUGCCACCUCUGUCACCAACUGUACUUGAUGAAGAAGUAGAAGAACCAAUCAAGAGGAAGUAUCAAGAUGAUAUCGAUGAGGAUCCAAAAAUGAAGAGAGCGAAACUCAAGUGAUAUACAUGGUCCCAUCUUUCGGACUAUGUUGUUUAUUGAAGACAGUUUUAGUGAUUGUGUUUGUGAUUAGUGUGACAGAUUCAGAUUUCAAGGUUUUGUAUUCAUUAUCUUAAUAUAUAAAACUAGCUUUUACCCGCGACACCGUCCGCGCGGAAUUAAAAAAUAGAA